AUGCCGCCCAUCGCUAUCGAACCACCCCUCUCCCUCGUGUCCAACAGCACAAACUCCUCCUUUGAUGGCCCUCCCAGAAAAUCUCACGACAAAACCAUCAGCGGCGUCUUCACGUAUACAAACGGAACCGACGUCGAAACCGGACUCCCUGAACACAGGCUGGAUCAUUAUAAGAACUUGAGGAACAACAGCCAUGGUUCCUUGACAAACGGCUUACCAAAUGGCACAGUCAAGUCCUCGAGAGACCGCGCGCAUUCAAAAGCAGGAAGCACCCACUCAACAUCGAGUGGCCCGGUCAGAAAUGGCGAGAAUCUUGCCCGGAAUCCCCAUUCAUUCGAUGGACUGAGUAAGCUCUCUAACGUAGAGUCUGCUUCACCAGAUCUCGGUAACGGCAACCAUGUACAGCAACCUGGUGGACAUACCCCGGAGCUUGGAAAGUUAAAGACCAACAUCUCGCCUAUCAGGCAAGAAUACGAUACAGCCCAUGCCUAUACUGCUUCGACCUUUCCCGACUCAGCACAAACAGAUGGCAAUAGUUUGGCUGCUUACACUGGGCGUGGGUCGUUACAGCCGCCUCCUCGAUUUUCCUCACCUUCUCCAAUGUCACCGGGUAAAUCUUUGCAAGAUAAAUAUCCCGAGUUGGCACCACCUACGGAGGCCCCAAAACUUACCCACCGUCAUACCUUGCAAGUCCCCAAAUCCAACCUCGCAGUCACUCGUAACUCGCGGGACUUUUCAUUUUCCGGUGGACCAUCGGAGGAGGCAUUGUCAGCUACUGGACGCUUUUCACCCACUCGGGAUCAGUUCGAUAGCACCGCUACCAGGCAUAGGAGAGCAUCACUUGGUCUUGUCCGACGAACCACCCGAUCAAUGCAAUCCGAUGCGCACUUGGACGAGGUUCCUCCCGAUGAUGACGCGGCACGUUGGACAGAAUUGAUAAAACAGAAACGAGCAAGUCGAAGAAAGAGGAGGGAAGAAGAGGAUGAAGAUCGUGUUAUCGUCGGGAAGAAGGUCGAAGAAGGUCACGUCAACUGGGUGACCGCCUACAAUAUGCUGACAGGAAUUCGGUUCACGGUGUCGAGGACCAAUGCAAAGAUGAUGAGAGAACUGACCGAUGCCGACUUUGAUGCCAAGCACAAAUUCAGUUUCGAUAUCACUGGAAAUGAAUUGACUCCGAGCGCAAAGUACGAUUUCAAAUUCAAAGAUUAUAUGCCCUGGGUGUUUCGACAAUUGCGAGCCACCUUUGGCUUGGAUCCCGCCGAUUACUUGAUGAGUCUGACGAGUAAAUACAUCUUGUCAGAAUUGGGCAGCCCUGGCAAGUCUGGGUCAUUCUUUUAUUUCUCGCGCGACUACAAAUAUAUCAUCAAAACGAUCCACCAUGCGGAGCACAAGUUGUUGAGGAGGAUACUCCGAGACUACUACAAACAUGUCACGGAGAACCCGAACACGCUGAUAUCACAAUUCUAUGGUCUCCAUCGGGUCAAGAUACCUUAUGGCAGGAAAAUCCAUUUUGUGGUGAUGAACAACCUCUUUCCACCCCAUCGAGAUAUACAUCAAACAUUUGAUUUGAAAGGCUCAACCAUCGGCCGAGACUUUAAAGAGGAGGAUCUUGCUUCCAAUCCCAGAGCUACGCUCAAAGAUUUGAACUGGCUGCGCCGAGACCUUCAUCUCGAAUUCGAAGCACGGAUUCGACAGAUCUUUUUGGAGCAGCUGAAACGCGACGUUGCUCUUUUACAGAGAUUGCACAUAAUGGACUACUCGCUCUUGGUGGGAAUGCAUGACUUGGAGAAAGGCAACGAAGAGAAUUUGCGGGAGACCACGUUGAAAGUAUUCCAGCCUGGCGGAGAACGAGAAGAAGAUGACUAUGGGCCGUCGAUGUUGACUAGGACUCCAUCCCGGCUCGAAACGGCCAAGAAGGCACGAGAGCUUCGACUGACCCUCAAGAAGGAGAAGCCGAUGCCAAUGGGUAUGGGAGGGGCCAAAAUGCCCUCCGAACUGUCAUCGGCAGACGAGAGACGCGACCGAGUAUUCUACAGCUAUGAUGGCGGUAUUAGGGCUACCCACGAAGAUGGUCGAGGUGGUGAUACAGUCUACUACCUCGGCCUGAUUGACUGUCUGACUCAUUAUGGCAUGGUCAAGCGUAUCGAACAUUUCUGGAAGGGACUAUCAGCGAAUCGCACCCAAAUAUCGCCCAUCCCUCCCGUGGCGUAUGGCGAUCGAUUUCUCAAUUUUGUCACCGGGGUGACCAUGACACAAGAAGAAGCAGGCAGACGAAGGACGGAAGAAAGCCAACGCACAGGUGGACAGGCAGUUUCGAUGUCUUUGGACAAUCCAGGUCGUAACUCGGCUGGCUUUGGAAUCGGACAUGAUGGUCAAGACGAGGCAGCUCUUUCCCCAGUCUUAAGCCCCGAGGUGGAGAGGACAAUGCAAAGGGCACAGAAACAGACGGACAAAUCCACGCCGGCAGAGAAGGGCAGAAGCGGGAGUGAAGAAGAAAAGCCCGAUCGGACGUUGAGAACGACCGAGGAGGCGAAGAGUAAUACACUUCUCCCCGUGGUUCAAGAAGCUGGAGAAGGUGGAGAAGUCAGCGACCGAAAAGGAUCGACAGGAAGGGAAAUGCAACAAGUGGGCAACAGUAGCACGGCGCAUUCUUCGAUUACGCACAUGUCUUCAAUACCUGGACUUCGCAGGGUGUCGCCGUCAACGGUGGGGACAGCGACUGACAUGGGCGAUGACACGAGUGUGUCCAGUCCGCAGAUGGCAGAUUUCGAGACUGGAAUCCAUGAGGACGAUGAAAUCCCCGAUCGGGUUUUGAACCGGGAAUACGAAAAACCACCUCGCAUAGCCAGCGACCUGAUCCAACCACAAUCACCUCUUGGGGAAAACAUGUUCAACUCACUCGAUCAACACAUUCGAUCCGAAAAGUGA